UUUGUUUUUCCUUGGAAUUAAGAACGCUCUAGAAUUUCUCUUCCCUCACUAAAACGUUUCUCCCGCUCACCCUCAUUCGCCUCCACAGAACUUUGCCUCUUCGACUCACUAUCCAUGGCGAUGGCGUCUACGUUCGUCACAGUGCCAAAGCCCUUUAACGACUGGGCUAAUUCAUCUUCUGUAUCUUCCCGGCGACUAAUCACUGGCGGAUUCCGAAGAAGUUCGUUGAAAGUCAGCGCGGUUUCUAAGAAAUGGGAGCCUACGAAGGUUGUUCCUCAAGCUGAUAGAGUUCUCCUCCGUCUUGAGGAGCUUCCCGAGAAAUCGGCUGGUGGAGUUUUGCUGCCCAAAUCAGCUGUCAAAUUUGAGCGACACCUUGUAGGAGAGAUUCUAUCCAUUGGAUCAGAAGUUGGAGGAAGUGAUCUUGCACCUGGAAAGAAGGUUAUUUUAUCCGACAUAAAUGCUUAUGAGGUGGACUUAGGCACAGAUGCGAAGCACUGCUUCUGCAAAGCUAGUGAUUUAUUGGCUGUGGUUGAGUAGAGAAGCUUCACAAACCCAACCUUCUCCAACACUACAAUGCAGAUGGAUGAACAUCAUCAGUUAUCCACUCAGAUCAGUUCUCUUUCCUCAUUAUUUUUUCUUCUUUCUGUCAUAAUAUAUGAUUUCAUCUUGUGACCCCUAAAAUCAAACCCUACAAGCAUUCCGAAGAAAAACAAAAACUAAAUAGGUUCGUUUAGGUUUGGAUUAUGAAUUUAGGUCAUCUCGUAGCUAUAUAAAUUUAUUUUUGCUAAUUUCAUAGCUAUAUAAUUUAGACCUCAUUUAAUAACUA